AUGCCGAAUUCGCUGAAUGAGAGAUUCGUGAAUUUGGAAAACUCAGAGUUUGGAGACGUCCGGGGAGUCACUAGAGCGACUGAUAAAGAAACAGGAGAUAUAGUCAUGAUCAAAUGGAUACAGAUACGGUCACAGGCGCAGCUAGAAGAAGCAGAAGAGGAGGCGAGAAACUUGAGCGCUAUCAAGCACCCGUUUAUCGUUGAGUUUAUCGAAUUCCUCCCCGAAAUGAGGCUAGAUUGGUGGCGAUUCGGACUUUUAUCCUUUAUUGCGAUGGAAUAUUGCGAAGGUGGAAGUCUGGUAGACUGGAUCCAGCGGAAGAAACGAGCUGGGCGAACAAGCAAGCCAGAAGAAGUGGCUCUGAUUGGUGCUCAAAUCGUCAGCGCGCUGAGCUACUGCCACAAGAGGAAGAUUCUUCACCUCGAUUUAAAACCGGCAAAUGUUUUUGUCAAGGCAGAUCAGAUCACCGUCAAACUCGGUGAUUUCGGCUCUGCGUCAGAGGUUCGUUCUGUCACUAGGACGAGCAAUACGACAAAUGCUCACGAUGUCAGAAAUACGGAACUGUACGCACCACCAGGAAAGGCUUAG